AUGUCGUCCAACGUUGGUCUCUCCACCCCUCGUGGCUCAGGAACAUCAGGCUAUGUUCAGCGCAAUCUCUCUCUCCUGAAACCCCGCGCCGUCGGUGUCGGUGCCCCCUACAGCCUAGAUUCCUCCGCUCGACAACAGCCCCCCAAGACGCGGAAGCCCGACCAAGAAAUCCUGAACCAUGACCGUCUACGGGCCAUUGAAGUCAAAGUCCUGGAGCUGAGGGAGAAAUUGGAGGAUGACGAGCUCGAUGAGGACCAGAUCGAUGAAGAGUGUGAGAAGCUGCGAGAACAGUUAACGAAGGAGAUGGAGCGCGAGAAGAACCGGGACCGUGGGAGAUCAGGAGGCGGCAGCAGUACCAGAAGAGCGGACGGGAAGGGGCUCAAGAGCUACCAGGUGCACGAGUUGGCCGAGGCAAAGGAACAAGAGAGUGAACGACUGCGAAGAGCUCUGGGGUUGAAACCUGGUGAGAUUCCCCAAGACGACGAGCAUCCCAUGGCAAGACAGGAGAAGAGGAGACGGGAGAGAGAGGAAGCUCAAGAGAAGACGGAAAAUGUGAAAUGA